GCCGCUGUCCUCGCCGUCGCCGCUGUCCUCGCCGUCGCCGCUGUCCUCGCCGUCGCCGCUGUCCUCGCCGUCGCCGCCGUCCUCGCUGCUGCCGCUCCCCGCGUGCUCACCAUGUCCUACUUCCCCAACAACAACACAAGUCCGCCGCCGCUGCAGCACCCCGUCCCCACCCACCCUGCCUACAUCCCCGAACCGCCGUCCACACCCAUCUCGCCCCAAGGCUACCAGCGCUACACCAGCUCGCCGCCCACCCAGCCAUCGUUCACCCAGUCCAUCCCACCGCAGGGACAAGGCAGUCGCGCCCCACAAGCCUAUGCAACCCAGCAAGGUGUUUACAAUCCCGUCGGCUCACCCCCGCGGCAACCGGCCGCUGCUCAGGGCGGGGUUCACAUCCCCAAUGCGCCCGUCGACUUUUCCGCAUGGGGUCUCAACGACACCACCGCUCAAUUUGGCAUGCAGAUGGGCCGUAGUGCAGUUGCGGCGGGCCAAGAGUACGUGCAGAAAAACCUGGGUGGCCUCAUCCCGAUUACCGUGCUCAAACACCAUUUCAACGUCUCCAAUUCCUAUGUCAUGAAUAAGCUCCGGCUCUUGCUCUUCCCAUGGAGACACAAACCUUGGUCUCGCCGUGUUCGCCGCUCGGAAAAUGGCCAAGCCGAAUGGCAAGCACCGCGAGACGACCUCAACGCGCCUGACCUCUACAUCCCUCUGAUGGCAAUCGUGACAUAUGUGCUUCUUGCGGCCCUCCACUCUGGCCUGCAUUCCAGGUUCCAUCCGGAGAUCCUCGGUAUCACCGCGUCGAAGGCUCUCGCGGUCGUAUUGAUGGACUUUGUCUUCGUCAAGCUCGGCUGCUACUUCCUUAACAUUCCCGGAAGCAUUGGCCAGAUAUUAGAUUUGCUAGCUUACGACGGCUACAAGUUCGUCGGCGUAAUCAUCACUCUGAUUGCCGGAUUGCUGGGCUUUGGCCGUUCCUUGUACAUUGUGAUAUUCGCGUACUCUUUCUUCGCAACCGCGUUCUUCCUGUUGCGAUCUCUCCGUUCGAUGGUUCUCCCGGAUGCGUCUGCGACGGUCACGCCUGUCAAUCCUUCGCAGCGCUCCCGCCGCGUCACUUUCUUGUUUCUUGUUGCUGUGACACAGAUUGUAUACAUGGGUGUCCUUGUGCGCGUAUGACGAAGGUCUAGGUGUAUUGAUCUAUCCCUCUACUAUACAUCACAUUGAAUGUCC